CAAAAAGCAACAAAAAGCACAAACACCGCCAGCCACUCGCUCGUUCGGACGUUUUUUUUAAAUUGAAAAUCAACAGCAAGCAGCUCUAAGCGUUUAUUAAUUAGCUUGGUUUUGAUAUUGAUGAUUCGACUUCAUCAUGACCUGGGACGAAAGUUUGUCAAACCUCGCCACCUUUGAAAUGCAGGGACCCGACGACGAUGAAUCAAAUUCCUUUCCCGUCUUACGCGAAAACCCGAACUACUUUAUCUGGUAUGGCCCUGAUCGACGCUGGAUUUCCGGUCAGUAUUGUGACCGAAUGGUUGAACAACUCCUCGAAUUUUCUAGACAACCAAGAUCACUGAAGGAAAUUGAAGCCUAUGAGUUUACCGAGUACAACUCGCUCCAAGAGUUAAUCUUGUUCUUUGUUGAGGCCUACUUAACAAUCAAGAUUCGAGGGAAGGACUGGUCGUUCGAGGCAACUAGGUUGAUCAACGGGGGGAAGAAAUUGACAACUAUUUUAGUCAACAAAGGAAACGUCAACGCUGACUACUUACCCGCCGUGGAAUAUUUGCAUCGCUGGAUUUUAGCCAAUAUUGUUUGCACCAAGGGAAAAUUAACCUCUUCAAGGGUUAUCGAAAUUGCCAGUUAUGCUAAUUAUUCCGCACAGUGGGAGGAGCUACCCGUCAAGUCGAAAGCGCUUCUGCUUGCGACAAAAUGCUUAUUUCUCUCGUCGAUGAGGAUGUUCGACCCUCCGGCGAAGGUGCAGAGCAUACAAGAUUUGCGCCAGGUGGUCAGGCUGGAUCCACUAGUGUACGAAUGGCACUACCUAUUAGGAAAUUGGAUUCGCUGUGAGCGAAAAAGUUUGGCAUACGUUCGAAAAGUGGGCGACAACUGUAUACUGAAUCAAUGUCCCACAGAGGAGGAAAUGCAAACCCUAUGGGAAACAUAUGAUGUAUGUGCCUACAAGAAAACCGGAGAGGAUGGAAAGGCCACGAAUUUAAGAAGGAGUGCCAUAGCCGGGGUUUGUCAGGUGUGGCGGAAGUUCUACGCCACCGUGGUCGCGUUAAGCUGGAGGAGCCCUUCAUGUUCGGAGGGUUACACUUGGCAGAUACUUUGGCAGGGGUGGAAUUUAUACGGAAAAAUGUUAAAGUCAUUCUGGACGAAGAGAGGGCAUCGUUUUCGGAGUAUAUUCGUUUCGGAGAAAUAUUUGGUGGCAUUCUUCCCUAUCAAUUUAGAGACUACAAAAUGGCAGAGGAAUUUUACAUGAAGGCGCACUCGAAAAUGCCAAGCAAUAGUAAAAUCAAUCACAAAGUUGGCGUCUUGUAUUUAACAUGCGACGAACUCCGCGAUAUUCCUCAAUCUAUCAAUUUCCUCCGCUGCGCCGUUGAAAACGAGAUGUCCAACAUUUUUGCAGCACUUGAUAUGAUUAGGGCCAUGAUGUCAUCCGUUACUGAACACCUCACCGAAAUCGAACAAGUCAUCCAGUUAUACUUCAAACGGAUCGAGGAGGGAUUAGCAAGUCCUACAAAAAGCGAACUAAGCUGGAUUCUCGGUUGCGCCAAAUUCAUGGGGUCGGACAAGGAGGGCGCCGUUCGAGCUUGGAUUUCCGGUCAAAAAUUGAGCCCCAAUAAGAAUAUCUUCACCGACCUUAUCCCUACAAUUAAACGGUAUCAGUGGGAUAGAACCUUGAUAAGUUUGAACCUAGUAAAGUCCACGCUGGAAAAUUCACUCACAACAUGUAGUGACGCCGAUGAUAUUGUCAUCUUACAAAACAUGAUUGAAACCCUUCCCACCCCGGUCAACAGGGGGACGUUUCAACGGAGAAGUUUGCCCGGAAGUGGUGGCUUCAACUUCACCAACAGAGGCGGCCGCCAAGAAAGCGAUUUGGACAACAAUUGGCGAAGAUAUGCCAUACCAAGUGGGGAUGCUAAUACCACUAAUAAUAAUGCUCGGAGGGGAGGACAUACUCAGGCUCGCUCCUCAAGCCCUGCCAACUGGAGAUGAAAUGUAAAUACAAAUACAUAUGGCUUGACUUAAAUAUGUAUACGCUUAGAAUUUUUUAAACUAAUACUUCAAUCAAUUUGUGGCAGAUAUCGACGAUUUUAAGAUUUAGUUUAUACUUGUUUAUCCAUUUUUAAAGCUGUAAGUGCAUUGUUUUCUAAAAGUGAUUUUACUUUUUGCAAAUGUCUUAUUACUUAUUGCAAAUUGUUGCAAAUUUCAAUUUUAUUCAUGCAUUACUAAUAAAUUCAUAUGAAUCUACAGUUGCA